CUGAUACUCGCGCGCACGCGCAGGAACAGGCACAGGCGCGCGCAGUGAGCGGGUGAGCGCGUGAGGGGUGAGAUGGAGGAGUGAUCGGGAGUGAUCAGCGCUGCGGGAUGGAGGCGCGCGAGGAGCCCGGCCGCAGGCUGCGCUCCAUGUGCAGGAGGAUGUACGAUGAAGAGGAGGAUUUAUCAGACGUGGAAGACAUUGCCAACAUCAGAGGCUUUGAUCUGGAGGAUAAACUGUGCAGCGACCACUACAGCAGCAAUUUCAUACACUAUAUGGAGGGCAAAGAUUUCACAUACGAGUAUGUUCAGAGAGAAGCCCUGCGAGUCCCCCUGGUGUUCAAAUCCAAAGAGGGGCUGGGAAUCAGGUAACACACCUCACCUGAACAGAACUUCUCCUACUGUCCACACCCCCUGUCUGACUGUCCUCUUGCUCUGUUUCAGAAUGCCUGAGCCAGAGUUCACCGUCAGCGAAAUUAAAGGACUCGUUGGAAGUCGGCGGACGGUGGACGUGAUGGAUGUCAGUACGCAGAAAGGCUCAGAGAUGAGCAUGUCGCAGUUUGUUCGUUAUUACGAAACUCCAGAGGAAGAGAGAGACAAACUGUUUAAUGUGAUCAGCCUGGAGUUCAGCCACACCAAACUUGAGAACCUGAUCCAGAGACCCGCUGUGGUGGAUCUGGUGGACUGGGUGGACAACAUGUGGCCUCUUCACCUGAAACAGCGCCAAACUGAGGCCACUAACGUCAUCUCUGAGAUGAAAUACCCCAAAGUCCAGCGGUACUGUUUGAUGAGUGUUAAGGGAUGCUACACUGAUUUCCACAUCGAUUUCGGCGGAACGUCAGUGUGGUACCACGUCUUCAGAGGAGAGAAGGUGUUUUGGUUGAUCCCACCCACCCCUUGUAAUCUGGACCUGUAUGAGCAGUGGGUUCUGUCUGGGAAGCAGAGCGACGUGUUUCUGGGCGAUCAGGCCGACGGCUGCCAGCGAAUUGUCCUCAAACAGGGGCACACCUUCUUCAUCCCAUCAGGGUGGAUCCACGCUGUGUACACUCCGGAGGAUGCGCUGGUGUUUGGUGGGAAUCUGCUGCACAGCUUUAACAUCCCCAUGCAGCUCCACGUCUACGACAUUGAGAACCGCACUAAAGUCCACUCUAAGUUCCGUUACCCAUUCUUCUACGAGAUGUGCUGGUACGUUCUGGAGAGAUACGUGCAGUGUCUCACCAACCAGUCCUACCUCACCCUGGAGUUCAAGACAGAUGUUAGACUGACUGGUUCAGAGUCUCUGCACUGCAGUCCUGUCUCUGAACUGCGGGCAGAUGUGGGCGAGUCCAGUGAGGUGCUAAUGGAGACUGAGCGGUCACUUCAGUCCAGUCCGAACACACACCAUACACAUUCCACACACUCUGCAACCUCCUCAUCACAACCUACACACCCACCACACACAGUAAGAUUUUCGCUUAGUGACUCAGAGGACAGCAGUAAAUCAGUGAUGGUGGACUCUACAACUGCAGGGGACCCUAAACUCAUUGAAAACCCUAAAGCUAGUGGGGACCCUAAAGCCAGUGGGGACUCUAAAGCUGUUGGGGACCCUAAAGCCAGGGCGGACUCUAAAGCUGUGGUGUAUUCUAAAGCUGUGGUGGACCCUAAAGUCAUGGCAAACUCUAAAGCCCUUGGGGACUCUAAAGCUGUGGCGGACUUUAAAGCUGUUGGGAACUCUACAGCUGUUGAGGACCCUAAAGCCGCUGGGUGCCCUGAAGCUAAUGGGGACCCUAAAGCCAAUGGGGACCCUAAAGCCAAUUGGGACUCUGAAACUAUUGGGGACCCUAAAGCCGUUGGGGAUCCUAAAGUCAAUGGGGACUCUAAAGCCGUUGGGGACCCUAAAGCCAAUGGAGAACCUAACGCCAUUGGGGACUCUAAAGCCAAUGGGGACUCUAAAGCCGUCGGGGACCCUAAAACCAAUGGGGACCCUAAAGCCAAUGGGGACCCUAAAGAUGUGGCAUCCGGAUGGACUUACCUGACAGAGUUUGAGCUGAACGGUCUGCACGCGCUGGUGGAGAAACUGGAGUCGCUGCCGGAGGGAAAACGCUGCGUUCCAAACGGGAUAGAAAACCCCCAGGCUCUGCUGCAGCACAUGAAGGCGGUGCUAAAGGAACAUGCAGAUGAUGACCCCCAGCUGGCUGUCACAGGAACACCUAUCGUUUGCUGCCCCAAGAAAUCCAUUAAGCUGCGUCCCCCAGCCCGCCCCCGGUCACGGGUGAGUGUGUGUAGUGGGUCGGGUGUAAGUGCAGCGCGGAGUGCGGCGGCACGACGGAGGCGGACACGGUGUAGGCAGUGUGCAGCAUGUGUGCGGACUGAGUGCGGGCAGUGCCACUUCUGUAAAGACAUGAGAAAGUUUGGCGGGCCGGGAAGGAUGAAGCAGACCUGCAUCCUCAGACAGUGCAUCGCUCCUAUGCUGCCUCACACAGCGGUGUGUGCAGUGUGUGGGGAGGCAGGAAAGGAGGAAACAGUGGAGUCAGACCUAGAGAAGUUUGGGCUGAUGCUGAUGGAGUGCUCCAUCUGUAAUGAGAUCAUCCACCCAGCCUGCCUGAAGGAAGCGGGCGGGGUGGUGAAUGAGGAGCUACCAAACAGCUGGGAGUGUCCCAAAUGCAACCAUGCAGGAAAAGCUGGAAAACAGAAAAGGGGUCCGGGCUUUAAAUUUGCACCUACCCUCCCAGGUUCUGUAGCCAAGCCCCGCCCCCAACCGGACCUGACAGACAAACUGGAUAUUAACCGAACUACAGAAAUUACCUGUGACUCACUCGCUGAUUCCUCAGCAUUAAAUCAGAAAACAGAGCCAGAGGACACGCCCAUUAGCAAGCCUGACGAUGCCAAUCAGAAACCCCUCCCCUUUCUGGGGUCAUCACCUGUGCUGAAGCCCAAAGUGGAGGAGGAGGAGGAGGUGCCUGUGAACAGGAAGAGGAGGUGCUGUAAGGACUCAGAGCCCAGGAGAAAGAAGAAGAAGACCAAACCGGCCAAGCGAGUUAAGAGAGAGAGUGGGAAGGAGGAGAGGCCAAUCAAGGAGGAGCAAAGUGAUGAAGACAUCGGCCAGAAAAACGUGGAGCACAGAGAUGAAGAUGCAGUGAAAAACAGGUUUGGAGGAGGAGGAGCUAGAGUUAACCACACCUCCAUUUCUCCAAACAGGACGUCAGCAUCGCACGAUAACAGCCAAUCCUGUGGCGAGGAGGAUGCUGACAGACAACUUAAGCCCAGGAGCAAACGGCUGAAGCAGGAAUUCCAGAAGGCCGAGGGGAGGUGGGGCCAGUACGGAGUGCUGUCUGGAAACGGUUGCCUGGGCGACUGGCUUGGACCCAAGGAGGAACCAGAGGGGGAGGAGCCUCCAGCAAAUAAGGGUCCGCCUUCAGCUGCCACCACCUCCUUACACCAGCCCAACUGCGCUCAGGUGGAACGGCAUGUCAUCAGGCCGCCGCCCAUCUGCCCCCCACCGGACCGCCUUCCACUGAAUGAUGGCCGGAGCCACGUGAUUGGCAGGGAGGAGUGGAUGGGUGUGUUCAGUUACCUGCAGUACAGCGAGCUGUGUAUGUGUAUGCGCGUCUGCAGGACCUGGAACAGGUGGUGUUGUGAUAAGAGUCUGUGGAGGUGGAUUGAUCUGAGCCGCUGUAAGUCUAUCAGUCCCCUGAUGUUGAGUGGAGUGAUCCGCCGGCAGCCCGUUUCCCUCAACCUCAGUUGGACCAACAUCUCCAAGAAGCAGCUCAGCUGGCUAAUCACCCGCCUUCCAGGCCUGCGGGAGCUGCAGUUGGCUGGGUGUUCGUGGGCGGCGGUUUCGGCGCUGUGCUCCUCCUCCUGCCCAAUGCUGCGGGCGCUGGACCUGCAGUGGGUGGAGGGGCUGAAAGACCAGCAGAUCACUGACCUACUGACCCCGCCUUCAGACUACAGACCAGGUCAGCAAGACUGCAGCAGUAAGCUCUGUAAUGUGGAGGAUCUGAAUCUGGCUGGGCUGGACAUCACGGACCACUCACUCCGCCUCCUCAUCAAGCUUCUCCCCUCCCUGACCCGCCUGGACCUCAGCUACUGUAACCACAUCACUGACCACAGCAUCAACCUCCUCACUGCCGCUGGAACCAGCAGCCGAGACACCCUCACACACAUCAACCUAUCAGUGUGUCACCGGGUGACGGACGUGUCUCUGGUGUAUUUUAAACGCUGUGGCAACAUCAGCUCCAUCGACCUGCGCUCCUGCAGUCAGGUGACCCGGCAGGCCUGUGAGCGCUUCAUCGCCGAGAUGUCAGUCAGUGUUCAGUUCACCCUGACCGAUGACAAACUGCUGACCAGGGUGAGCUAGCCUCCAUUAGGUAACCCGACCCGGGCUGACCGCAGGGCGGGUGGUGGGGAAUGAACUGCCCAGGGAGGCAGAACAAAGUCCUGCAUUCUCCACCAAUCUGCAGGACUGCCAUGCGGAACCUAGUGUGUCCAGCAGGGGGAGCAUCAUCCACUUUUUUACAUUUACUCACUGCAGAUUUUCACUCUGCGUUUGGAAAACCACCUGACAUCACUGGACACGGCCCGGGACUGUUCGGACUGUAUGUGUUUAUAGUAAACAGAACCUUGGCGCAGGUUGCGCUGCGGGACGUAAAAGUAAUUUUUGUAUCAGAAAGUUGUUUACAUUGUUCUUUGUUUAUGUGCAUUUUUAUCUGCACUCCUGAGCAGAGCAGAGUUUAGUUUAGUUCCAGCAGAUUCCGCUCUGACGGUUUCUACCGUCCUUUAGACCCGAUAGAACAGUCCAAACUCUCGGUUGUGUAAACUGCUCUGUUCCGUUAGACCUGGUGUGAAUAUCUGAGUAACAUUUGCACAGUUUAACCCAAAUAAAUACCUUAUUUUUCCUA